CCGGACACACCGACUAGUCCUCCUCACAGACGGAUUCAGGCACGAAGGGAGGCGGGUUGAGAGUCAAGGGACUGUUUCACCUCGCGUUUUUAUCAAUGUCGCGACCUUAUCUCUGAAACAAACUUUACAGACCUGUAAAAGUUUGAUAUCGACGCUUCGUUCAUGUUCAUGUGACGAGCGUCGCGUUUUUUGAGCCAGCCUCGCGUGGAGGCUACUCAGGUGUACACGGGGAAGUUUGUGUCGUAUUUUAGCUUUCUUGCUAACUAAUUACUAAUUACGCUGGAAACAGGACUUGUCUCCUUUUUUGACGCGUGCCCAAUAUCUCCACUACUUGGUUUCGUUUUCCUCCUUCAGUUUACUGGAUUUAAAACAUCAAGUGGCCAAGUUUGAACAGGCGCUCUCCUGGAGCCCUGAUGAGACACAAGCCUGCACUCCCUACGGAGGCUUAUACUGUGCCAUGAUGGAUGAGACGGAGAAGUACAAACAGCGACUGGAAGCCAUUGCUGAGAAGCGUCGGCUGCAGGAGGAGCAGGAUCGAGCCAAGAGAGACAUGGAGGAUGAGAGGCUCAGACUUCAGCAGCUCAAGAGGAAGUCUCUGAGGGACCAGUGGUUGAUGGAAGGACCUCCCUUGUCCCCAACCUCCCCAGACACCCAGAGUCCCCGCUCCCCUCUUUGGGGCUCACAGGCCCAGGAGAUCGAAAAGCGCAUUGACAAGUUGCAGUCAGAGAGUCAACGGUUGGCAGAGGAAGAAGAGAAGCUGAAGGAACAGAUGGAGGAUGGCCAAACGGAGGCAGUGACAGAGACAGAGGCCGGAGCAGAAUUGGAGCAAGAUGCUGUUGUUCAGAACGGAGAAAACAAUGCAACAGCAUUGGAAGCAACUGAAGAUGAGGGGGAGACAAACCAAAGCACACAACUGGAUGAAACUGCUGCUGUCCUCACCAAUGGCGGAGGAGGCUUAGAAGCAGACACCAGUCACAAGCCUCAGCUCACCACCAACGGACCAGUUGUAGCCUCUGAGGGUGUUAUUAGCAUGAAAUCGGAGCCUGGGUUGAGCCUGGGUGUUUCUGAGGCAGAGGCUGCUCAGGUUCCAAAUGUCAACAUUAAUGAGGAGGAUGAAGAGGGCACUCUGGUGAUGAGAGCAGAAUGUGUGAUCAUCACAGAUGAAGAGGAUGAUGUACCUGAGGAUCUUACACCCCAGGAAGAUCAACAGGAGGCCGUGCAGUCAGAGGACACCCCUCUGCCAAAUCCAGAAGCAAGCCAAGCGGGAAGGGAGGCUGAGGAGGGGGGAGUAAAAAUGGAGGCAGCUCCAGAAGUGUUGGCACAACCAGAGACGAGUGAGGCAGCUGAACUCAGUGCAGAGGCACAACCAGCAACUGGAGACGAGGAGGUGCAGGGUGACGUGAAGACAAACGAAGAUGGAGAAACAAAAGCUGAAGGACAGGACAAAGAAUCAGAUGACCCAACCUCUGUGGACAUGCAGUCCCAGACUAAUGCUCUAGAGGGCACUACAGUGGCUUCAGUGCCAGUCUAUGCUGAGGCGCCACCCUCCAUUAUCACCACCGAGCCAGAGGCUGAGAGUGAAGCUGCAGCAUCUCCAGAGGAAGCUGAGGUAGCAUUGAAAGCCCAAGAUGCUGCCAUCCUGCCUGGACAGUUCCAGGAGGUGCCCCUGGCUGAUCCCCUGGAGAACAAGAGGACAGAGGAAAGGCCGGGCGAGAGUGAACCCCUUCUGUCGCAGGCCAAAGCCCCCGACACCCAAGCAGAGCCAGCAGCAGCAGCAGCAGCCAGCACAGAGACACACAGCCCGACCAGGGCGAGCUCGGGAGAGGAAACAGGUGCACCCAAACACAAAACCUGCCAGUGCUGCUCCGUCAUGUAAACACCCUCUCUGUACAUUCAUCUCCUCUCUCCCUCUUCAGUCCGUCUCUCUGCUCUUUAGUCCAUAACACACUCCUUCCCUCGUCUCUUUGUUUUAUGCACCCAUCCUUUCUCAGAUCUAUCAACAAGCGACGUCCCUUCCCCUCCUACUCUCUCCCCUCAUUCCUUGUACUCAUCUUGAAUCCCACUCUAGAGUUCUGAUGCUCCGAGAGGAAGUGAGCUCUCUUCAAAGUGAAGACGAGGAGGUAUGGACUUGACUUGUCAGUGUUUAAGUGCCUUAAGGAGUGAUCUACCCAGAAGUACACCUUUAAAUCCUGUUCUCACUCAAUGUGGACCAAAAUAUGAGUUAUUCUUUUUUUUAACACUGUUUGAGCUUGAUUGAAUUUUUCCUGGUUAGCAAAUAAGCCAGCCAAUCUACGGAGUAUCAUAAAACCCACGUAUUAGCAGUUAGGCAAAAGAAAAAAGUGUUAUUUUAAGCUUUAAACAAGUAUAAUUCUCCGGGUAAUUUAAGUCAUCUGAAUAUGAGAUUUGACGUUCAAAGGUCUGGAGAGGUUCAGAGAGGAUAUUCUUUUAAUUUAAUGACUUUAAAGCUGAAUUAUUUUUAUUGAUUAUUAGAAAUACUUUUAAUCCAAAUAUAGGGCCUGAAUAUUUUUAAUUCACUCUGUAAUACAGGUUUUGACAAUAAACAGACUAAUUUCCAAACAACAGCGUGCACCACUGAAUAUUUUGUGGGCUGUUGUCAGAUUAAAAAGAGAAAUUAUUUUAAAAUAUUUUAAAGUAUGAAUUUUGUAUUUUUACCGGAUGUGCUUUUGAAAGAGGGGCUCCAGAGCUCCCGACAUAGCUGAUGUAUAAACUGUAUGCAUAAACAUGUGGAAGUGAGAGUGCCUGAGAUGUCAGCUUUGAAAUGAUUGCUGAAUGGUUUAAUGAUUAAACUGACAUUUGUGAUACAUUUCUCAUUGUACUUGAUGUUCAUCCAGCAUUUCUGUCUUCAAACUGUAGAUUUGGCCAGAAACAGCAUAGCUCCAUGCAACACACUGGGAAACAUUUUUACCAUUUGUUUCAUGUUUAUUAUUCUCAUUCCUAAACCAGGGACAACUGCUUUAGACAGAUAUCUGUCUUAAACUCUCCAAGCACACUUAAGACAGACAACUGGUAUUUCUCUAUCCAUGCAGCUUGUGGUAAAUGUUCCUCUGAAGGGAAGAAAAGAACUAACACAAGCUAUCAGAAUCACAGGGGCUACACUCCCGAUGUAUCUGGUGUUUUCUGCAGAAAGUCUCAAAAUUCUUCCACUCAUGCAAGUACAUGUAGCUUCUUAAGGCUUCAUUGGGUCCCAGCAGUGUCUCUACCUGCCCUUGUGGUAGUUCUAUGGCUAACAGCACAUCAUCUCAAGGGCCAAACCAAAGCCUGAGUUACUGGGAAUAGGGAAGCAGCAGUGGGCCCUGUUACUGUGAAAAAAAGGUCCU